AUGCCAUUAAUUAUACUUUCAGGAUACCCUAGUUCCGGAAAAACUAAAUGGGCUAAAGCCUUAAUUGAGCAGCUAGAGAAAAAGAUCUGUUUAGCUAAAGAAGAUCUGAAUCAUUUACCUGGCCACAACUACAAAGUCAUUUAUCAUUCUGAUGAAACAUUAGGAAUUAGUCAUGAUACAUACAAGGAUUCAAAUAAAGAAAAAUUGGCUCGAGGGUCUCAGAUUUCAGCGGUUAAAAGAGACAUAUCAAAGACGAAUAUCGUGAUACUUGAUUCCAUGGCUUAUAUAAAGGGUUUUCGUUAUCAACUAUAUUGUGAAUCGAAAGGCAUGGCUACACCUCAUUGUGUUGUUCACGUUAUUGCACCUAUUGAACAAUGCCUUGAGUGGAACAGUUCAAGGGAUUCUUCAGAACAAUGGGAACCUACUUUGAUUAAGCAGUUGGAAAUGAGAUAUGAAGAACCAAAUAGUGAUACAAGAUGGGAUUCACCUUUAUUUCAGAUAAUUUCGAACGAUCAACAAGAGAUGAUACCAAUUGAAGAUAUUUGGAAUGCUUUAGUUUUAAAAAAGGCACCAACGCCAAAUGCUGCAACAACACUACAAUCAACUUCAGAUAAUACCUUUUUACAAGAAUUAGACAGAAAAACCCAUGAAAUUAUAUCAAAGAUCUUGCAACAGCAACAAAUUACUCUGGGUGAUGUUCAAAUAGAUGAUUACACAAUUGAAAUUCCGAUGGGCGUUGUAAGUACGGCGCAGUUGCAAAGGAUAAGAAGAUCAUUCAUAAAUUUAAACAGAAUGAGGACCAUAGAUAAAGAUAGAAUAAUUCCAUUGUUCAUUGACUAUCUCAAUGGAAGUUUAAAUAACGACUAA